AUGGUGUCGCUACUCCAGCCACAGUCUGACGUCACACUGCCAGGCCCCACCCGACUGGAGGGCGAGUCCCAAGGGGACCUCAUGCAGGCUCCGGGCCUCCCAGGCUCCCCUGCCCCACAGAACAAGCAUGCCAACUUCAGCUGUUCCUCAUUUGUGCCUGAUGUCCCUCCAGAAAGGGCACCCUCCCUGCCGCCUCACAGUCCCAACAUCGCAUCGCCAGGCCCCGAGCAAGUCAAGGGCCACUGCACAGCCGGGCCGGGCCCAGGGGCCUUCCACCUCUCGCCUUCAGACAAGUACCCAGGCUUCAGCUUCGAAGAGUGCCCAGCGGGCAGCCCGGGCGGCUUCCUCAAGGGCAACCAUGUGCCUUUCCACCCAUACAAGAGGCACUUCCACGAGGGCAUGUUCCCUGAGCCCCAGACAGCCAUGGCCGUGGACGGACAUUCCUUUAAGACUCCGGGGGUGCUGGAGGCCUUUGAGGAGAUCCCUGUGGACGUCGGGGAGACCGAGGCCUUUCUGCCUGGCUUUUCAGCAGAGACCUGGUGCAAUGGGAUCCCGUACUCCAGCCAGGAGCACAGCCAAGUCCUGCAGGGGUCAGAGGUGAAAGUGAAGCCCCCCGCUCUGGAGAGUGGCCCUGGGAUGUUCUGCUACCAGCCUCCCCUGCAACACAUGUACUGUGCCCCCCAGCCGCCCUUUCCUCAGUUCUCACCAACUGGCAGCAACUACCCUGUGCCCUACCUCGGCCCCGCUCACUAUCCAUACCAGAGGAUCGCAUCCCAGGCCAGCGCCGACGGGCACCAGCCACUCUUCCCCAAACCCAUCUACUCAUACAGCAUCCUCAUCUUCAUGGCCCUUAAGAACAGUAAAACCGGAAGUCUUCCAGUCAGUGAAAUCUACAACUUCAUGACAGAGCAUUUCCCUUACUUCAAGACAGCACCUGAUGGCUGGAAGAAUUCUGUCCGUCACAACCUGUCCCUCAACAAGUGCUUCGAGAAGGUGGAGAACAAAUCGGGGAGCUCCUCUAGAAAAGGUUGCCUGUGGGCCCUCAAUCCUGCCAAGAUCGACAAGAUGCAGGAGGAGCUGCAGAAGUGGAAGAGGAAGGACCCCAUUGCUGUGCGCAAGAGCAUGGCCAAACCAGAAGAGCUGGACAGCCUCAUUGGUGACAAGAGGGAUAAGCUGGGCUCUCCGCUGCUGGGCUGUCCGCCCCCCGGGCUGGCAGGUCCGGGUCCCAUCCGGCCCCUGGCGCCCCCAGCUGGGCUUCCCCAGCCACUGCAUUCAGUACACCCAGCUCCAGGCCCCAUUCCUGGCAAGAACCCCCUGCAGGACCUACUGGGGGGUCAUGUGCCCUCCUGCUACGGGCAGACAUACCCACACCUCUCACCCGGCCUGGCCCCUCCUGGACCCCCACAGCCAUUGUUCCCGCAGCCAGAUGGGCACCUUGAGCUGCGGGCCCAACCAGGCACUCCCCAGGACUCGCCUCUGCCUGCCCACACCCCACCCAGCCACAGUGCCAAGCUGCUGGCUGAGCCUUCCCCGGCUAGGACCGUGCACGACACCCUACUGCCAGACGGAGACCUUGGUACAGACUUGGAUGCCAUCAACCCUUCUCUCACCGACUUUGACUUCCAGGGAAAUCUGUGGGAACAGCUAAAGGAUGACGGCUUGGCUCUCGACCCCCUAGUACUGGUGACCUCGUCCCCCACGUCAUCGUCCAUGCCGCCUCCCCCGCCACCUGCCCACUGCUUCCCCUCAGGGCCCUGUCUGUCAGAGACUGGCAAUGUGGCAGGUGAACUGGCACCGCCAGGCAGCGUGGGCUCCGGGGCGCUGGGAGACGUGCACCUCAGCACUCUCUACUCAGCCUUCGUGGAGCUGGAGCCCUCGGCCCCUGCGGGCCCCCCUGUGUACCUCAGCCCUGGCUCCAAGCCCAUGGCCCUGGCUUGA